CAUUCUUGAGGCAAGUCCUCUCCUCUCCUCGAUCUCCUUGUAUAUACAUAUAUAUGUGUAAUUAAGCAAUGGUGAGUUGUCAAUUGCACUCCAUUUUUUUUCCUUGAAUCAGAUAUCUUCCUACUAAAGCAAAUAGAAAUGCUUGGAGAUUGGCAAAGGAGAUCCAUUCGAUGAUUUUGGACAUAGCGAAGGACCGCUGUGGAUCUAGCACAACUAAGGACAUAUUGCAAGUGCUCUUGGAAGGUUCCGAAAAUGGUGGGCCUGGUCCAUCAAGUGCUCAUGAGUUCAUAGUUGAUAACUGCAAGGAUAUGUUGCUUGCUGCCUCUGAGGGGACUGCUAUUUCUGCAAUGUGGGGUUUAAUGCUAUUAGCUUCAAAUCCUGAAUGGCAAGCUCGUGCCCGGUCCGAAGUUAAGCAAGUCUGUGGUGGUCAUCUCCCGAAUUUCAAUAUGCUUGGCAAGAUGAAAGUGUUAAAGAUGGUGAUAUUAGAGGUGCUCAGGCUUUACCCGCCAGUGGCGUUGGUAUCAAGGCGAGCCCUGCAAGAUGUGAAGCUUUGUAAUAUGCAGGUUCCAAAAGGUGUAAACAUUUGGAUAUGGGCACCAGCAUUGCACCGCGACCCUGACCUUUGGGGGCCUGACGCGGACAAGUUCAAUCCUGAAAGGUUCAUUGACGGAGUUUCAGGUGCAUGCAAGUCUUCACAUGCCUAUAUACCUUUCGGAGUUGGGGCUCGGCUGUGUCCCGGCAAUAAAUUAGGGAUGAUACAAUUGAAAGUCUUGCUUGCUAUGAUCUUAUCCAGUUUCAAUCUUAGCAUCUCCCCAAACUAUCGUCACUCCCCUACCUUGGGUUUGCUUUUGGAGCCCGAGCACGGUGUUAAUCUUGUCAUUCAGAAGAUAUGAGUCCUGAGGGUGGACAGCUCAAGGAUGCUUAGAAUAAAAUAGUAAAUUAAAAUGAAUAAACUGGUGGCCUGAACUUGUAAAGCUUUGCCAACUAAGGCAAACAGACAAAUAGCUAGAGAUGAAAGCCACUUCUUCAAUGUGUAUCGUCCUCCAAUGUACAAGAUGAUAAUAUUAUAAUUAAUAAUAAGAUAAAAAUGAAAA